AGACUAUCAUUUGUUCCCCAACAAGAUAUAGAUAUACAUCAGCCAGCAUAAUGAAUCACUUCUUGCCAAUGAACAGAGUAGAGCACCAGGUCGUCCAGAUAAACUCUAGUGUUUCCUUGAAUACCAGCUCCUUGGUGUGCCAUAGAUAUAAACAUAUUUAAUAUCCAGUUUCUACGCUUAUCGUUUCCAAUGAAGAUGAAUAUUAAUGGUAUCUAUAUUCAAAAAAAUGUAGAUAGAAACAUAGAUACGCUUGAGAUUCUUUCCACUUCUCAGCCGUCUUCAUUUGCAAAGUUCAAUUACUACACAAGACAACAAGACCCCGAGCGCUGCCGCCUGGACAUUCCUCACCUCUUUCUACGUCCGCUGCUCGGCCGAGAUCUUCUGUUUCACCUGAGGCCAUUAAAAAACUCACAGUUUGAGGCUUCUCGGCGACCACUCUCCGACAAACCUCUCCUUUCCUUCCCCUGUUUCCAGGUCUCUUAAGCGGAUGGCGUCACGGCCAGCGGUGUCGCUUGUACUGAUAGCGGCGGUCCUUCUCUUGGUGGAAUGGGACUCGCGGGCGGUGGCAGCGGAGGGGGAGGAGACGUGCUCGGGGAUAGUUCCCAUGAAGAGUCGGGAUUCGGCGGUAUCGGUGGCCGAUUUCGGCGGGGUGGCGGAUGGCCGGACUCUCAAUACGGCGGCGUUCCAGAGGGCCGUGGCGGAGAUAGAGCGGCGACGGGCGGCCAAUGGCACCCUCCUCUACGUCCCGCCGGGGGUCUGGCUCACGGGGCCCUUCAAUCUCACCAGCCACAUGACCCUCUUCCUCGCCAAGGGCGCCGUCAUCAAGUCCACCCAGGAUACAUCAAGCUGGCCUUUGAUUGAUCCUCUGCCAUCAUAUGGGAGAGGUCGCGAGCUACCGGGUGGCAGAUAUAUGAGUCUAAUUCAUGGGAACGGGAUUCAAGAUGUGAUAAUAACAGGUGAGAAUGGAACAAUUGAUGGCCAAGGUGAGGUCUGGUGGAAUAUGUGGAGGCGAAGAACCCUACCUUUCACAAGACCACAUAUCUUGGAGCUCAUGUACUCUAGAGAUAUCAUUAUUUCUAAUCUGGUCUUCUCCAACUCACCAUUUUGGAACAUCCACCCUGUUUAUUGCAGCAAUGUGGUAGUAAGAAAUGUGACUGUGUUGGCUCCAUAUGAUUCUCCCAACACAGAUGGAGUUGAUCCAGAUUCCAGCUUACAUGUCUGCAUAGAGGACUGUUUUAUCUCAACAGGGGAUGAUCUGAUAGCUGUGAAAAGUGGGUGGGAUGAGUAUGGUAUAGCCUAUGCCCACCCAAGCUCGGAUGUCACUGUUCGGCGGUUGACAGGCUCGUCGCCUUUUGCUGGCAUUGCAGUUGGAAGUGAAACCUCUGGUGGGGUAGAGAACGUCUUAGCAGAGAGGAUCCAUAUCUAUAACACCAGCGUUGGGAUACAUAUAAAGACCAAUUCUGGUAGGGGUGGGUAUAUAAGAAACAUAACUAUCUCAGGUGUGAAUAUGAACCAUGUUCGCAAUGGUCUGAGAAUUAAAGGUGAUGUCGGAGGUCAUCCUGAUGACAAGUACAAUCCAAAUGCCCUCCCAGUUGUCGAUGGUUUGACUAUCAAGAAUGUGUGGGGUGUUGACAUCCAGCAGCCUGGGUUGAUAGAGGGCAUCAAGAACUCGCCUUUCACACGUAUAUGUCUUUCAAAUAUUACUCUUAAUGGUGCUGGAGACGUGCCGUGGAAGUGUAAGGAUGUGAGUGGUGGUGCCCAUAAGGUGCAGCCAUCACCAUGCACAGAGUUGACCAGUACUUUUGCGAUGAGAUUUCAUACCCAUGCAAUCUAAUGUUUGGUUGUUUGUUGGCUG